UAUUCUGUUCUACAAAAUCGCAAUUUCGUUUCACUGGUUUUCCGUUUCCAUUCAAGAAGAGGCAGUCUGUGCCGCCACUCUUCACCAUCGCCACCGUCACCAUCACCAUCGCCACCGUCACCGUCACCAUCGCCACCAUCAUCGUUUUCACCACCACUCUUGACAUCCUCCACAAAAACACCUAGGGUUUCCAAAAACCAUCCGCCAUCGAAUGAUUGAUCACUAAGGGUUUCCGAUUUGAAUGGCAUUGGGAGAUUUAAUGGCAUCACGCUUUUCUCAAUCGACUGUCCUCAUAGUUCCGAAUCACCACGACGAUUCCGCCGCCACUUCUUUUCCCUCAUCCGCCUCCGCCGCCGCGUUAAACGAUGACAACGAUGUUACUUCCGUUCCUCAUCGGCGUGAUUCCGAAUUCGCUGCUACGAGUAGUAACAGCACUGCCGCUUAUGUCAACGCUGCCACUACCAUGGCGUAUUUACCACAGACUAAUUUCUUUAAUGAGCUUCGUCAUGAUGCAUUUGAACUUGAGCUUCCUAAAGGUCCUUCUGAUAGUGGUUUGGUCUCGAAAUGGCGGCCGAAGGAUAAGAUGAAGACAGGAUGUGUAGCUCUAGUAUUAUGUUUAAACAUCAGUGUUGAUCCACCAGAUGUCAUAAAGAUAUCCCCUUGUGCCAGAAUGGAGUGCUGGAUAGAUCCUUUUUCUAUGGCACCACAAAAGGCAUUAGAUUUGAUUGGGAAAUCUUUGACCAGUCAGUAUGAAAGAUGGCAACCGAAGGCACGCUAUAAGUGUCAACUUGAUCCAACAUUGGAAGAGGUGAAAAAGCUUUGUACUACAUGUCGUAGAUAUGCAAAGUCAGAAAGAGUUUUGUUCCAUUACAAUGGGCAUGGUGUGCCAAAGCCAACUCCUAAUGGUGAAAUUUGGGUUUUCAAUAAGGUACAAGGUUUUGACCCACGUUUAACGGUGACUAAUCUCGGUCAGGGAACAUGUGGGACACGCAAGAGUUAUACGCAGUAUAUCCCCUUACCAAUCAGGGAUCUUGAUUCCUGGCUGAAGACCCCAUCGAUUUAUGUUUUUGAUUGCUCUGCUGCUGGUAAAAUUGUGAAUUCCUUCAUUGAGCUUCAUGAAUGGAGUGCUUCUAACUCUUCCGGGUCUCCAAGGGAUUGCAUUAUGCUCGCAGCAUGUGAAGCACAUGAGACUUUGCCCCAAAGUGUAGAAUUCCCAGCUGAUGUAUUUACAGCUUGUCUUACAACACCUAUAAAGAUGGCAUUGCGAUGGUUUUGCACUCGUUCAUUACUCCGCGACUCGUUUGAUUAUUCACUUAUAGACAAGAUCCCUGGCCGUCCAAAUGACCGAAAGACACUUCUGGGUGAAUUGAAUUGGAUAUUUACAGCAGUAACUGAUACAAUUGCUUGGAAUGUUCUUCCUCAUGAUCUUUUUCAGAGACUGUUCAGACAGGAUUUGCUUGUUGCAAGUUUGUUUCGAAAUUUUCUACUUGCUGAGCGAAUCAUGCGAUCCGCAAAUUGUACUCCUGUCUCUCACCCAACGUUACCACCAACCCAUCAACAUCAUAUGUGGGAUGCAUGGGACAUGGCUGCCGAGCUCUGCCUCUCUCAACUUCCUUCAUUAGUUGAGGAUCCUAAUGCUGAAUUUCAGCCUAGUACAUUUUUCACUGAGCAGUUGACAGCAUUUGAAGUCUGGCUUGACCAUGGUUCUGAGCAUAAGAAACCACCCGAACAGUUGCCUAUAGUACUUCAGGUUUUACUUAGCCAAUGCCAUCGAUUUCGUGCCUUAGUACUCCUAGGAAGAUUCCUUGAUAUGGGCCCAUGGGCCGUGGAUCUGGCAUUAUCUGUUGGAAUCUUCCCUUAUGUUCUGAAACUGUUGCAAACAACCACACCAGAACUACGUCAGAUUCUCGUAUUCAUAUGGACAAAGGUUCUUGCACUUGACAAGUCAUGUCAAACUGAUCUAGUGAAGGACGGUGGUCACAUCUAUUUUAUGAAGUUCCUUGAUAGCUUGGAAGCAUACCCAGAGCAACGUGCAAUGGCUGCUUUUGUUUUGGCGGUGAUUGUGGAUGGUCAUAGAAGAGGCCAAGAAGCUUGUAUUGAAGCUGGUUUGAGCCAUGUCUGCUUAAAGCACCUUGAGAGUUCAUCUCCUAAUGAUUCACAAACUGAGCCCCUUUUCCUUCAGUGGCUUUGCCUGUGUCUGGGGAAGUUGUGGGAAGAAUUCACAGAGGGAAAAAUAAUUGGUUUGCAAGGACAUGCAACUUCUAUAUUUUCUCCUCUACUGUCCGAACCCCAGCCAGAGGUUAGGGCAUCUGCUGUUUUUGCACUGGGUACCCUUGUCGAUGUGGGAUUGGAUCCAUGUAGAAGUGUUGGCGGAGAUGAAGAAUGUGAUGAUGAUGACAAGUUUAGAGCUGAAGUUAGUAUAGUUAAGAGUCUGUUAAGUGUUGCUUCAGAUGGGAGUCCAUUGGUGAGAGCAGAGGUAGCAGUUGCUCUAGCACGUUUUGCUUUUGGCCACAACAAGCAUCUGAAAUCUAUUGCUGCUGCAUGUUCGAAGCCUCAGAAUAAUUCCUUGAUAAAUUCCUUACCAUCAUUGGCUAAUAUUAAAGAUACGGGUGGUGGAUAUCCUAAACAGAGCCAACAUAUGGCUCAUGGUAGUAUUGUUUCACCUCAAAUUGGUCCUCUAAGAGUUGGGAGUGAGAAUUCUAAAGUAAUUCGUGAUGGGCGGGUCUCUUCAAGCAGUCCUCUUGCUAGUUCUGGAAUCAUGCAUGGGUCCCCAUUGUCUGACAAUUCGUCUCAUCAUUCUGAUUCAGGAAUACUGAAUGAUGGUUUCAGCAAUGGAGUGGUUAACAACUUUGGGCCGAAGCCUUUGGAUAAUGCACUGUAUUCACAGUGUGUAAUGGCUAUGUGUACUUUGGCAAAAGAUCCAUCUCCGCGGGUUGGGAACCUUGGUCGCCGGGUAUUGUCCAUAAUAGGUAUUGAGCAAGUGGUAGCAAAACCAGCGAAGUCUUCCGGUGUUCGUACUAGUGAAGCUAUCGUUUCUCCUAGUCUUGCUCGCUCAUCUUCUUGGUUUGAUAUGAAUGGUGGACACUUGCCUCUAACCUUCAGAACUCCUCCAGUCAGUCCUCCUCGCACAAGUUAUAUAGCUGGAAUGCGAAGAGUUUGUUCAUUGGAGUUUAGGCCUCACUUGAUGACUUCUCCAGACACUGGAUUGGCUAACCCACUUUUAGGAUCUGGUGGAGCUACUGGGACUUUCGAUCGCAGUUUACUUCCUCUAUCAAAUAUAUAUAAUUGGAGCUGUGGGCACUUCUCCAAACCACUUUUGACUGCUGCUGAUGAUAGCGAAGAAGUAUUAGCUAAAAGAGAAGAGAGGGAAAAAUUUGCAUUGGAGCACAUAGUGAAAUGCCAGCACUCUGCUGUUAGUAGACUAACAAAUCCAAUUGCUAAGUGGGACAUAAAGGGUACACAGACAGCGUUAUUACAACCUUUCUCUCCUAUAGUGGUAGCUGUUGACGAGAAUGAACGCAUCAGGAUAUGGAACCACGAAGAGGCAACACUACUUAACAGUUUUGAUAAUCACGAUUUUCCUGAUAAAGGAAUUUCUAAGCUCUGCCUGGUGAAUGAGCUUGAUGAUAGUUUGCUUCUUGCUGCUUCAUCUGACGGAAACAUUCGGGUUUGGAAAGACUAUUCUUUGAGGGGGAAACAAAAACUUGUCACUGCUUUUUCUUCAAUUCAGAGUCAUAAACCUGGUGUGAGGAGUCUGAAUGCAGUUGUUGAUUGGCAACAGCAAAGUGGUUAUCUGUAUGCAUCGGGGGAGAUGUCAUCAAUAAUGCUGUGGGAUCUUGAUAAAGAGCAACUUAUUAAUACUAUACCUUCAUCGUCAGAAUGCAGCGUCUCAGCGUUGGCCGCUUCUCAAGUUCACGGAGGGCAGUUUGCAGCUGGUUUUAUAGAUGGUUCUGUAAGACUAUAUGAUGCCAGAACACCCGAAAUGAUCGUAUGUGGGUUACGGCCACACACACAAAGAGUAGAAAAAGUUAUGGGGAUUGGCUUUCAACCUGGGUUAGACCCUGGAAAGUUGGUUAGUGCUUCUCAGGCCGGGGAUAUCCAAUUCCUUGAUAUAAGAAAUCACAGCAGUGCCUAUCUCACCAUUGAAGCUCACAGGGGCUCACUCACUGCUUUAGCAGUACAUAGACAUGCUCCAAUCAUUGCCAGUGGUUCUGCCAAACAACUCAUUAAGGUUUUCAGCCUUGAUGGUGACCAACUGGGAACCAUUCGUUACUAUCCUACUCUAAUGGCCCAGAAAAUCGGUUCUGUGAGCUGCCUAAAUUUCCACCCAUACCAAUUACUACUUGCUGCUGGUGCUGCAGAUGCAUGUGUAUGCAUCUAUGCCGACGACAACACUCAAGCAAGAUGAAUCUGCAUUUUUUCCCUUGAAAAUUUCAUAGAUUGUCUCCAGCUGAGAAGAGUGCAUCAAACAUCUCUCAGGAGUAACACGCGUAUUUAUCGCAGUUGUAUAAUCCAGUGUUGAUGCUUUAGUUCCUCUCUGUUGUGAAUACAUCUGAAAAUAUUGGUAGGGGUAAAUUUUUAUGGCAGUGUAUGCAAGAUAUUCAUUAGCCUCCAUGGCAGAGGGUUGCAAUUGACAUGAAGAAAGAAGCUUAAUGGAGGCUCCGACAAAUAAGGCCAUCUUCGUAUAUGUGUGUAAAUAUCAUUUUAUCCAUAAUUAUUUUUCAUUCCUGUUGUGUGUUAUUUUCUACCCUUCAUUUGUAAAUUUUUCUUCUGAACAUAGUCUAGUUUGGUGACAGAUGUGGGUGAUUGACUCCUAUAAAUGGGGCUCUUUCAUUCAUGAUUGUAGUUUCUAAUAACUUUGGGUACCUUUGCUUUGACCAACAUGUAAUUAAUUUCAAGUUUGUUCAAGUGUGCAAUUUCAUCUCUCA